CUACUAAAAAAUUUACAUGUUUUUUCUUUCUAGUAUCUAAGGAAGAAUGUGCAUUGUAAGCAACUUCAUUUCUGCUUAUCCUAUUCGAGCUUCCACUCCAAUUGUUACCUCUCCACUUUCCAUUCCUCUCAAUGUUAUCAACGCUCAUCAAGCCAUUGCCAACCCCUUUGUGCCAGAGGUUGUGAAAGCAGUGGAUGCCUUGCAUUCAGAGUUCCGGGCUGUGGAUAAUUUGGUUGCGUGCAAUACCACCCGUGUCCUUAAAGCUUUCCAGAAUGCUCGAGUUGGAUCUCAUCACUUUGGUGGUUCCACUGGUUAUGGUCAUGAUGAAGCUGGGGGCCGUGGAGCUCUUGACCAGGCUUUUGCCGAAAUUUUUGGGGCUGAGUCAGCUAUUGUUCGUUCACAGUUCUUCUCAGGUACUCAUGCUAUCACAUGUGCUUUAUUUGCUCUCCUGAGGCCAGGGGAUGAGCUUUUGGCUGUUGCUGGUGCUCCCUAUGACACGCUCGAGGAAGUAUUAGGGAAAAGGGACUCUGGUGGACUGGGUUCCCUCCAAGAUUUUGGGGUGAAGUACCGAGAAGUGCCACUUGCCGAGGAUGGUGGACUUGACUGGAAUGCACUCAUGAGUUCUGUCAAACCCAAAACAAAAUGUGCACUCAUACAGCGGUCUUGUGGUUAUUCAUGGCGUCAGAGUUUGAGUGUUAAUGACAUAGGAAGGGCAAUAAAAAUAAUCAAGAAGCAAAAUCCCAGCUGCUCAGUUAUGGUGGACAAUUGCUAUGGCGAAUUUGUUGAAAGCAUUGAGCCUCCCAUGGUGGGUGCAGAUUUGAUUGCGGGCAGUUUGAUCAAGAAUCCAGGCGGAACAAUUGCACCGUGUGGUGGAUACAUUGCUGGGAAGCAAAAAUGUGUUGACGCAGCUGCAGCCCGUCUUUCUGCACCAGGACUUGGUGUGGAUUGUGGUUCGACCCCUGGUGAUAUCAUGCGAGCCUUUUUCCAGGGAUUGUUUCUUUCACCUCAAAUGGUUGGAGAAGCAAUCAAGGGAUCCUUCCUGAUUGCUGAAGUUUUGGCAUCUAAAGGCUAUAAAGUGCAGCCACUCCCCCGAGUCCCCCGUUCUGAUACGGUUCAGGCCGUCCAGCUUGGAAGCCGUGAGCAUCUCCUUGCUUUCUGUGAGGCUGUUCAGAGAAGCUCUCCAGUAGGUUCAUAUACCAAACCAGUUGCAGGUGCCACUCCAGGAUAUGCAUCAGAGGUGAUCUUUGCUGAUGGAACCUUCAUUGAUGGGAGUACAAGUGAGCUUUCAUGCGAUGGACCUCUUAGAGAGCCAUUUGCUGUAUUUUGUCAGGGUGGCACCCAUUGGACUCAAUGGGGACUAGUCCUAGGAGAAGUUUUGAAAUCAUUAUGAUGGAAUAUAAUUUUCAAUCCGAAGUUUAUGCAAAAUAUCAGUAUGCAACCUUCAGAGGAUGACAUGAUUCAGAUUGGUACAAAUAUAAUGAUACGCUAUAGGAAUUAUUUGUGGAAGGGAACACCAACUAAAACUUAUUUUUGGAAUUGUGUUCCGGCGCAUGCAGGUUCUGAUAUAGUAUAUAAUUUUUAUUUUUUAUUUUUAUCUCACUGGUAGAAUUGCUAGCUUGUGUUUUUAGCUGAUCACACCAUUUCUUCUGUUUGAACUUGAAGCAAACUUCUUGGGAUGUUGAUACUUUGUAGCUUGUACUUGUCUUAUCUAUUUAAAUCUGGGCCAAGUUGUAGAAGUUCAGUAUAA